AUGAAAAUAACAAUCAUACUGUUGUUAUAUAUUGUCAGUCAGGCAUAUUGUCAAUAAAAUGAUGAAAUCUUAGGCUAUAUGUACGUAUUUGCUUAAGAAUGGCCAGGAUCUAUAUGUAAAUUUUAGAAGUGUACAAAAACAUACAUGGGAAAUUAUGAUAAUGCUAGAUGGAAUACGCAUGGAUUAUGGCCAAAUACAAUGUUAGAAACUACUUGUGGGAUGAUAUUCAAUUGUAGAGAUGAAGACUAUGAUGAAGAUAAAUUAACUGUGGCCACUAAGACAUUAAUUGAUGUUACUUGGAAUGGCAUGUAUUCAGACACUUUCACAUUUAGAAAACACGAAUGGGAAAAGCAUGGAACAUGUCACCCAGAUAAUCUUACUUAAAAUGGUUAUAUGUCAAGAGUUGGAAACCUUAAUAAUCAAUAUAAUUAUUAUAAAAUAUUGGCAUCAGCAGGAAUCUAUCCAGAUGAUGAUAGGCAAUUAACAGAUGCUGAAGUUAGAGCAGCAUUUACAAAAGUAUUAGGAAUAUCAACAGCAAUGACAUAUACAUGUUAGAAAGAUUCUACAACUGGCAAAUUUUAUAUUGCUGAAUUAAGAACUUGUUUCACUUAAGCCAUGAAACCAAGAACAUGCGAUUGUAGUAAACCUGUUGGUGCAUUCGUUACAUGUGGAAAGUCCUUCUAUUAUCCAACAUUUCUUCUAUCAGUGGAUGAAUAAAUAGAACUGGAAGAGAUCUCUGAUUUGAGUAAUGGUUUCUUAGAGUGA